AUGCACGGAGCCGGUGGCCGUGUUGGGUGUAGGGCGGGCGUGCAGCAGCGCCGCGUGCGAGAUGUGCGCGUGUACGCAGGAGACUUCGAGGAGGAGGCGGAGAAGGCGUUCCGGGAGUGGAGCGGGAGCGCCCUGUACUCGCCGGAGAUGCAAGAGACCAUGAUGGGCAUGCAGAAGGAGUUUCGCAUGAUGUCACAGAUGGUAGAGGGCUUCCCGCGGUACGACCCGGCGGGCAAGAAGAUGGCGGUCGCGGAGAUGCGCAAGAUCGCGGACCGCUUUGACAACGUCAUCACGCGCCUCCGCCUGCUGGCGAUGGAGGACAAGGGCGCCGCGAAGAUCAAGGCCUCGCUCGACAGCCUCCUCAACAACACGCCCUUCACUGCCUCCGAGAGCAUGGAGGAGAUCUUCUCGGAGGUGGAGCAGCUCGUCGAGAAGGAGGCAUUACUGCCACCCGGCGACGCAACCGCCAAACAGUACGCCGCCAAGCAGGAGAUGCUACUCGAGCCGUUCAAGAGGAGCAACCCUAGCAUGGUGAGCCCGGAGAUGAUGGAGGAGGUCGUGAUGGAGGUGGCGCGGACGGACCCGUCCCUCGCGACGGUCAUGAUGGACCCGGAGUUUUUGAAGAAGGCCGUUAUGUGCAUGGUGGAGCCGCAGGUGCGGGUGCGGUACGCGGACGACCCGCAGGUGAUGAAGAUGGUCGAGAUCUGGGACCGCGUCAAGGCGCGCAAGGGCGGCGGCGCGUGA